AUGUCAGAAGAAAGGAUUAUUUUAAAUGUUGGAGGUAUAAAGUAUGAAACUUUUCGAUCAACACUUACUGCUCAGCCCGAGACAUUACUUGGAAAAAUGUUUCAAUAUCAAAAUGAAUUCAUUAAAAAUUCGGCUAAUGGAAAUGAAUAUUUCUUUGACCGAAUUGCCAUAAACACGAUUGAUCGAUUCAUUUCAAGUCUUGAACAAUUAGUCAUUAGUCAUUACAUAAACUUUGACAAUAAAAUUUCCUUAUCAGUUGGUCAAAACAAUAACAAUCUAUUCGAUAGUCGUCUUAGCCAAUUUAAAGGAUGUGAUUUUGAUAUCUUGAAUAAUAUGGAAAGACAAGUUAAAAAACAUUUAGUUGAAACUUUUUCUAAAUUAGAUCUGAAAUGGAAAUGUCAAAAAAAGCAACAUUAUUAUUCUAAAAGUUUAUUCUUUGAGAUCGAUAUCACUUUUUCUUCUCCAGUUGAAACCCUAUUAAAUUCUGAGGAUACUCAAACCCACAUUGCAUUUACUCAAGCACCAAUCAAUACACCUGAAGAAAAGGUUAUUUUAAAUGUUGGAGGCAAAAAGUAUGAAACUUUUCAAUUAAAACUUGUGGCACAACCGGAAACUUUACUUGGAACGAUGUUUCAAGAUCGAAAUAAAUGUAUGAGACAUCCAAUUAAUGGAAAUGAAUAUUUUUUUGAUCGUAAUAGUGAAGCAUUUCAUUAUAUAAUGGAAUUUUAUCGAACUGGAAAGCUUACUUGGCCUAUUGAAUAUGGAAAAGUUACUUGUAAACAACUUGAAGAAGAACUUGAUUACUUUCAAAUUCCUUUUGAUAAAUCAACAGUACUUUGUUCAUCAGCUUUAGAAAUUGUUAGAAAUAAGUUUAAUAACCUCAUCUUGUCCUUUGAAGAAUUGAUCAUUCAUUGUUGUAAUUACGUUAGAAAUAAUAUUGAAUUGGAAAUUACACGUGGUGAUAUUCAAAUAAUUGAUAUGUCAGAUAAUAGAUAUAAUUAUUAUUAUUUAGAAAAUUUACAAAUGGUUUUUUCAUCUAAAUUUACCUGCCCUGAGACUUAUAUUAUUUUAGAUAAUAUCCAUAUGGAAAGGCACGUUGGAGUUCAUUUAAUUAAAUUAUUUUCUGAUUUAGAACUAAAAUGGAAAUUCAUUCGGGAGUAUAGUUGUCAUAAACUAUUUAUCUCUUUUUCAUUUGAAAAUGUUUAUAACCAUUUUAAAAAAUAUUAA